AUGGAAGAUGUAGAAUACGGAUGGGGAGUUGGGUCAGUGGUGGCAAUGCUGGUGGUCGUGGUUUGUCUCUUCUUUCUUCCGCUAGUUAUCGGUGCACUCACACCGCCUCCGAUCUAUAUCUUUUUCUUCGUCGCCAUCUUCCUCGCUGCCAAUUACAUUUUCAUGUCUAAUGCAUCAUCAUGA